GAAAUGGCAUGAAUUUUGUUAUUACCGUCAGCCCGGGAACUUGUGAGUAAUUUUGAUAAGUUUCUAUGUAUGCUCAUAAGUUCUUUAAAAAAUACCUAGUAAUUUUGUUGAGUCGAGUUUCGAGACACCAUCAAUAAAACUAAAGCAAAGAUUUUUAGUAUCAAUUAGUUCGCAGCUCAACCUGAACACACGAUCCCACGUUCCAUAGCUUUGAAUGAACGCGUGCAGUGAGUGAGUGACUGGACGCGCGUGUGCGUUUGAAUGAAGGACACAAUAUCCGAAAAAUUAGGUUUAAUGUUUGUUUAUAGUUUUUCCUAAAAUAAACAGGAGUUGGUGCUAUUUUCGUGUUUGCUGGCUAAUGCUGUACAAUCCCGAAUGGUUUCUCUAUAGCUCUCUCAUAUACGCUACACUAGGAUUCUAGGCAAAAACUAAGCGCGCAUCACCACCAAGCAUCUCCACCCAUCGCCAUGCGAGUCAGUCGAGUUUAAGUUUGCGCCAAGUCUUCCGCAAAUACAAGAUCCUUCCGAGCGAAACCAUUCAAUUCAAUAAAUUUUAAGUUAAAAUAAAAAAAAAUACAUUCAUCAAAACCACCCAUAUAAAACGGCGUUUGUUGUGCCGUAUACUCUUCCUACUACUAAAACAAAAAUCCACCACCAAAUAAAAAAUACCAAUAUCACCACCAAAACCAUCGAAACCCAAACAAAACCAUGGCCGAAGAUCUAGCGGACCAAAUUGAUGAUUAUAUCUGUGUAUUUGAAGGAGCCGGUGAUCUAACGAUGGACACAUUCGUCAUGUUACUGUUCGCGUUGAUCGUAGUAGUGAUAGCGCUAGUUUUCCUCUCGAAGCUACUGUACGAUAAGUAUGUAAAGAAGGGCGGCUCCGUAACGGCGGAGGGAGGAGCCUCGACGACGAUAUCUUCGACCUCGGCCGGACUCGUGGCCGGCAGUUCGGCGCUGCUGCCGAGCAAGGAUGGCGCAGCCGUCGGUUUGCGACUGUCCGAGCCGAAGGAGGUGCUGGCAACGAAAAAGGAAGCUCUCCUUGCCCAAGCAAGGAAUGGUGGUGGCGCUCUGGGUGGUGGUGCCCGAGUUGGUGGUGGCCUGGGCGGCGGUGCUGCAUUUGGUCCCAAAGCCGGUGGUAUCGGCGGUGGAGGUGGUGGCGGAGCCGUUCUCCGGAAACGAAUCUCCCGCAAGAGUCCUGGUCCCGAGCUGACCCAGAAGAAGCGAACGAUCGUCCCUCCGUCCAACAUCAAUGGAUCGGAUAUUCAAUCGGUACAAUGGGCCAUCCACAUGUUCCGGUGGCUCUACUCUGAUCUGGUCGUUGUGAACAAGCUGCUGCAGGACUGGGUUGGUACCGUCAACACGGCGUUGCUAUCCUAUGUGGAACAGCACGAGAUGAUCGUCGAAGUGGUGCGGAUACUGCCGGAGAGUCUACCCCCGAACAUGCCGAGCAUCCUGUGCGAGCCGGCCGAGCAGCCGAACGAAGUGGAGCUCAUGUUCGACCUGGAGGCCACCCCAGUCCUGCAGAUCAAGGCGUUCAAAUCGACCAACCAGAAGACGGACGUCUCCCACUACAAGGCGACCGUGUCCCGGUUGAAGACCCGCAUGAGCCUGAUUAUCAACUUUUUCGCGCUCAAGGGUGAAAUGAAGGUGGAAGGCUUCCCGGAUAUCAAGAUCCACCUGAACAGCAUUGGCCCGCUUAAGACGGCCAACGCCCAGGACGAGAAGAAGCAGGGCGAUCUGAUCGUCGAGCUGCUCUCGUCCUCGAUCCGGGACGUCGUCUAUCCGAUCGACUUCUCCAUCUACUCGACCUGUCCGCGCCUGAUGGGCGAGGAGCCGGAGGAUGUGAUGCCGCUGGAUUACUCCGCGUACGGGCAAUACGAUACCUACCGUUCGUACCAGGACGAUUCGUUCGGCACUAGCGUGUCUGCUUCGCCAAGGAAGCUUCUAGUCAAGAUCAUCAAAGCUGAAGGACUUUUACAGUGUUCGAAACCGUUCUGCGUCGCCGAAAUGGACGAACCUGCUCAGAAGCACCAAUCUGCGUGCAAAAUGGGACCAAAUCCGUUCUGGGACGAUACUUUCCUCUUUGAUCUGUCCAACAAUUCUACCGAACUUCUGUUCGAAGUGUAUGACUCUGUAGCAGUAGGUAAUGACCAUGACAAUGAAGAUGAUGAUGAUGUGAAUGCCGUGUUGAAUGUUGACCCCUUGUUGCUAGUAGACCAAUCCGCCGCCAAAGUCGACGGGGGUGGUGACGUUGACGUCGAAGCUGUCACCCCCUCGGCUCCGUCGUCUUCGCUAGAUGUUGUUGUUGAGAGUGCCGAUAAGAUUGUUGCGUUGCAUGACGAUAAUACUACCCCUACUAACAACAGUAAUGACCCGCCGCCGCAACAGCAGUGUGUUGACGUUGAACCUUCUUCUAACCUUGACAAACAACCCACUAACGACAGCAGUAGUGUGCCCGAUCAGGUCCGAGACGACGAACCCUCCCAAGUCGGGGGUGACGACGAUCAGCCGGAGAAAGCGCCCGCUGAAUCCGAUGAGGUUGAUUCAGCCGCGCCCGUUACAAAAACUAAAAACAAGUGUAAUUUCCAGAAGUUCUUGGGACUGGGUCUGGUCGGUAUCGAUGAGCUGUCGAACGGUCCGGCUUCGACCCAAGUCCUCGAGCUGCAGCCCAGGCCAUACGAGACGGAAAACAUCAGCGGUACAUUGACGGUUGAGUUUGUGUUCAUCGACGCUCCUCCUGCACCGGCUCCUCGACGACAGCACAUGCAGCAAUCCUUCCGAGCCGGUGAGGACGCGUUAAGCACAAGCACUCCGAAAUCCACCCUGGCAGGACACCCGACCGCCCAAGGAAUUGGCGCCAGCGGAAAGCAACUCCAGAUCGCAUCGGCACCGACUUCCCCAGCCAAGAGUGGCCUCUCCAGCAGCGUCAGCUUUGCCGAUCGCAACCAGCGCUUCCAAGCGGCCAACACGAACCGGCUGAACAACUCCUUCCUGAAGCCCCCUUCGGUGUCCGACUACGGCUUGAAUGGCACCCGGCAGCAGUCCGAAUCGACGCCCGUUUCCCCGGCGCUCUCGUCCGCUUCGCAGCAAAGCUACACCGGCCAACUUAGCGCCAGCGCCCCGGAAAGCGUCAGCAAGCUGGAGAAGAAACCGCGCAACAUCUUCGGCACGCUGCGCAACAAGCUGACCCUCUCGAAGAAGUCCAAAUCGAUGGACUGCCCCGAGUACGGUGGACCGACCUACCCGGGCCAGAUUCACAGCGCGUCGUCCACGCUGAGUCGUGGCUCGUCGAUGGACCAGCGUUCCAACAUCUUCCCCAACAUAAAGAAUCUCUCGCGGAAAUCUUCCAUCUCUGAAUCGUCGGCCGUUUCGGGCAUUUCGAACGCCAGCGGCCGCACCUACGUCCACGAAGAGUCUACGCUGCUGCUGGAGACGACGGAGAACAACGUAGUGCGACACUACCUGGUCCCGAUCGAGGUCGCCGUGAGGCAAAAGUCGUGGAAGCGCAAGGGCACCAAGCUGCACGUGUACAACGAUCACACCUUCAUUGCGAAACACAUCAGGGGCGGCAUCCUGUGCCACGUGUGCCACCGUAGCAUCCUGCGUCGCCCCGGCAAGCAGGGUUACGAGUGCCGUGACUGCCUCAUCCAGUGCCACAAACCGUGCCACGUGCGAGCACCACAAGCCUGCCCGAAUCCGAAGAUCCUGUCGAUGCAACUGUUAAAAUGGCCGUUCCCCUUGAACUGAUAGAUCGGACAGCUUGAGACAGUCGCGUACGAGAGCGAGCAUUUAGGAACCAGGGGGUGAAUAACACCAGGAAACCAAAAAAAGAAACAAUCGAACAAAUCAGAAACGUCGUUACCAUACGCCAAGGUAAAUUACUCGAAUUAGUAUCACAGAAUGCCAACCUUAGCCAACCCAGCCAGAAUUGUGAGGGGUGGGGUCAAAUCCGAAUUUCUACAAAACGGUCAUGGUUACAGCCUGUAAGUUUACAAAAAAAAAACUCGCUUAAAGUCACUAAAAUUUAUGACCAAAUUUUUGCCACACAAUUGUGUCGUCCAUGUCCAUGCCUUUCGAAAAUCUAUUGUGUUACAAGUGCGUUCUGUAAGUAUGAGCUUAAUAAGUCGUAUUACUGAUGAUACAAAAAAGAGGAGCGCAUCAAACAAAUCUCCACUUUCUACAAAAUAGGUUGUGAGACAAAACCUAGCACAAAACACACACAUGUUACAUACACCACUGUUAAAGUCUUUUUAAAUAUUAAAAAAAUAUAUAUUAUACGAAUACAAAGCUUUAUCUGUGUCGCGCCGUUUCUUCUACACUAAUUGAAUCUUUUAACUAUUUAUUGAAAAACACACAGUCACACAAGUCUAUUGUUGCGAAAUGAUUAUUCUAACGUAUUCUAACUGUUCGGGACUAAGGAUGCCUUCGGCGCGAGUGAAACAAACUAAGAGUUAGGGAAUUAUUGAAGAGGGGGAGAAACCAAGUCAGGUUCGAGUUUUGACUUAUUUUUUCAGGAAUAAAGUGCAAUUGGUAAAGUUAUGAAAGA